GAUGUCACCGCUGGGUUCCUGCAGCUGCGGGCCUCCAGGUCCCUCCCCCUGAAACUGCUCCGGCUCCGGGAAGGGCUAGGAGUUGGGGAAGGAUGACUGCGAAGUUAGGUCGCAGGAGGGUGUAGCACGGGAAUGAGAGACAACUGGGCCGCGCGGGCCGAUGCUGCCUGGAGCCGGAGAGGAUGCCUUCGCCAGGACCCUGCAGCCCUGAGGAGCGGUGCCCAGGAGCACCCUGCCGGGGCUCCCUUUCUCCGUCCACUGCCAGCUCCGGCGCGCCCCAGCGCUAGCUGAAAUGAAAGCCAAGCUACGGCCACGGCAGUUGGUCAGUUUCCAAGGACCGAAUAGUGGUUUGGUCUGCAGUUGAAUGUGAAUUGCCCUGCCUGUGCCUAAGAGGAAACCCGGGAGCUUCUUUCUUGCUGCAAUUCCCUCAGGUGGAAUAAGCCUUCUGAAAGAGGAUCAGAUAAGAAUCUUUGGGAUUUUUUUUUUUUAAAGGGAAGUUAAUGUUAGUACAAACGUGCUUUUGAAUUGUUUACUUUAAACAGUCGCUGGAUUGAACUGCCCUGGCCAUCUGAUUUUUUUUCUUUGGGUAGUAGUUCUGCCUCGAAGAAGCUUAGUAUGGGAAGAAAAACUGCCUUUUGAAUCAAGAUUAUUUAUAGCUACCCUCCCAAAAGAGUAAAAGAAAAAUCUAACUUUUCUAUAACAAUUUUUCUUCUAAAGAUUUGCUCUGUGCCUUGAUAGGAACAAUACAUGGCCACUGCGCUUGCCUUUUAAGUUUCUGAUGCAUGGUUUAUUUAUAAAGGAGAUGGGAGUUUUGAAAGGCAUAUUAAGUGGAUAACAGUUAACCAGAGCUCUGUUCAAAUUAACAUUCAGCCUGUUAAAAUGCUUGCUCACUUGGAAAUUUUAAUCUGGAAACCUCAGUUGCAGAAUUAGACUGAAAAAGGAAAUGGACUGACAGUGGAAUGUUUGGAGUGUUUGAGCCAAGGGUUAAGUGUGUGUUUGUUUUUUCUGUUUUGGAUUGUGUAAAAGGGAACUUUAGGGGUGGGAGAGGUAGAGGAAGAUUUCUAUUCUCCUUUCUUGAUGCACUUUACUUUUCAAAAUCACUCUAAAGUCAACCAGGAUGCACUACUGAUGACCUAAACACCUCGUACCUUAUAUGACAACAUGUAUUAUUUGAGCAUGUGUCUUUGUGCUGAAGAUACAUCAUAGUGCUGUUUAGAAGUAGUUGCUUUUGAAAGAUGCUUUACCUUAUUUCUUACUUUGUGUGUCAAGAGCUGCAGUAUUUGUUUUGACUGUCUACAAAAUGGGGAAGCCACUCAGCAGACCAGACUGUUUACGUCAGAAUCCCCCAUGUGUAGGAAAAGGUGAGGAAGAAGAGGACCUAAAUAUUGAAGACUGCUAUGUCCCACAAAGGUCAAUCUAUGAUACAGUCAGACUAAAUGAACAGAUAGACUCUGGCUCAAAAGGUAGCCUGUCUUCCAGGCAUUUUACAGAUCGGACUUUACCCUACAGUCACAGAGCACUGGAUCUUAGUUCUUUAUGCUCUAAUGGUGCCCUUACUUCUUCUAGUGUGUUUGAGCUGAGAGGCCGUGAAGCUAACAAACUAGAUGAAAAGAUGAUCUUUGAUGCACUCAAACUAAAUAGUGAUAUUAUUCGAACUACAGGAUUAUCCAAAGCCAAAUCUCAUGCAGAAAAGAAGGAGCAUAGACGGUCAUGGCGAAUGUUUGUCCCAGCCAAUUUUAUGGAUUAUGCAAACAAAAGUGAAAGCUCUUUUGUGGAACCUAUUGAUAUGUCAGAUGCUGUUACCAGGACCAGUAAAUGCAGGCAGGGUGCUAAUUCUCUUACUUCAGAGGAGGAUGACUCUGGUUUAUGUAGCCCUCCUGCAGAGAGAGAAAAACAGGGCUUUUUAAAUGGAGACUGGUCCCGAAUUAGAGGCUUGUCUUCUGCUGAGGAUAUUCAUAUAACAGAACAAUAUAGACCUUUUCUUUCUGUUAAUUCCAUUAGUGAACAGAAAAUCCCCCUGCUCUCAUGUAGAAGUGCCCACCCUGAGGACAACUUCAAAAUGAUUUUACAUAACGUGUCUCCACUGGAGGGAACACAAUGUGUAAAUGGUCAAAAGGCAAUCCAGUGUUGCCUGCAGGAUGAUUUGAAAGACAACACUCAGUGUGAUCCAUUAACUAUGCCAAGAGAUGGAGAAAACGAGCAUCUUUCUAACCCUGGACAAGAGCAAACUUACCAACCAGGAGACUCACAAAUCAUAGUACAAGGUGUGGAACUCAUGAAGGAUCUCCCUCAAGAUUCAGAGCUGUCUCAAACAGACCUGGGAGACAGGGAUGUAGAUUGUGGUAGCACAGAUUUGGUAGAAAAUUCAACAUUGUCGACACAAUACAAUUCAGAAGAAUCCAACAUAGCCUCUAAAGGGAAAGAGGAAGCUUCCCUUUUUGCCCAGGACAUGGAGAGGACUCAUACUAAGUGUUCCCUGAAAUUCAUACCAGUAAGAAAGAGAGCCACAUCCAGAAAAACAGAGGGCCAGGAAGGGAUGUUGGACACAGUCUGCAAUGGCUUCCAGUCAGGCCAGGUUUUCCAGAAGGAAGAGAUUGAACCCUUGCAGGUUAAACAGCAAGAUGUAAACUGGUUGGGUCAAGGGCUUAUUCACAGUGCUGCUAAAAACACCAGCACUCAGGGUUUGGAGCAUGACCUGGAAGAUGUCAGUGCACGGUGGAAAAUUCUCAAUAAGAAGGUGGCUCAGCGAGCAGCCCAGCUGCAGGAGGCCCUGCUGCACUGUGGGAGGUUCCAGGAUGCCGUGGAGUCCCUGCUCAGCUGGAUGGUGGACACUGAGGAGCUAGUGGCCAAUCAGAAGCCCCCAUCAGCUGAGUUCAAAGUAGUGAAGGCCCAGAUACAAGAGCAAAAGCUUCUGCAAAGAUUGCUGGAUGACCGCAGAUCUACUGUGGAGGCAAUCAAACGAGAAGGAGAAAAAAUCGCUGCAACAGCAGAGCCUGCAGAUAAAGUGAAGAUUUUGAAGCAGCUGAGUGUUUUGGAUACUAGAUGGGAGACAUUGCUUAAUAAAGCUGAAAUGAGGUAACUUACAUACUUGCAGUUCUUUUAAAAGAGCAGCAGUGACAUUAUGUAUUUUGAUAAUGCUUUUCUUCAAAUCUUUAUUCUGUGAUUAUCAUGGAUGUGAAUGUAGGUAGCAAGGGUUGUGACUUCUCCCCCGGUCUCCUAAUGGUAGUAUCUUAUAGUAUCAGUUGUAUCCCAGUUCUUUGGAUUAAGAAAGCAUCUUCCUUGGGGUGAGUCAUUUAUUGCAUAGUAAUUGUCUGCCCACCUUGCAUCAAGCACAGAGCUAGGCCCUGGGUUACACAGGUGAGCUGGACAGAUCAUCACCUCUGUCCUCAGUAGGGUAUAGAUUAGUAGGAUUUAUAGCCAUUGAAAGAAAUGUGAUGUUUUGAAGACUGCUGGGGAGGGUGUAUAAUGGGAAGAACCUGGACUGGGCAGAGACGUGACAGCUGUGUGAAGGGAAUAAAUGGAAUUGGCUAGGAAAAGAGGCAGAUAGAAGAGAACUGUAACUCAUGAAAGUGACAAAGCCUAAAAAGAGCCUGGCUCCACUGGACUUUUGCUCGUGUUUUUCUUAUUACAGAAUCCCAACCAGUAUUUUAAUUCUGCAUUGACAAGAAAUUGUUGUUGAGUGCAGCCACAGUGAAAUGUAGUCAUCUAGACUGGUUGGAUUGAAAAUAGGUGAACCACUGAACAGAGUGGAUGUGUUGCAUCAAUCCCUGCCUUCUUUGAAACUAGAAAUUAGCAGAACUAUUUGCUAAUCUUGAAUUAUGGACUAGAAUUACAGUUUGAGGACUGCAGAACGAGGUGCUCCUAAAGAGGCAAAAAGUCUUGUUGUCCUUUAAUAUAUGUCAAUAGAUUAACCUUUGUGUGUCAUGUCCCAGGACAUUGCAGCCUGGAUGCCAUGGAAGAUACUCUCUAUAUUGUUGUUUAAGAUAAAUGAAUAAAUGUCUGCAUCUCAGCUCUA